CUUUUUUUUUUCUCUUUUCUUUUCUUUUUUUUUCUUUUCUUUUCUUUUUGUUUCAUCUUUUCUUUUUUAUACAUACUUUCAUAGGAUGCAAUCCAUCAUAUUAUUAUUCACUCUGUUCGUUUUCGCAUCAGCUCAACUUGUUCGUAUUCCACUUGAACGACGUCAAACAGUCUCUCCAUCUGGUCUCACCAAAGAAACAUUGAUCGAUGAUGGUGGUUUGUUGGUUGGCAACAUUCAAGUUGGUACACCACCUCAAUCAUUACCUGUAGUAUUUGAUACAAGCUUUUCCCUUACCUGGGUACCUGCAUCAAAAUGUCAUACAAGCGAAUGUCGUGCUGCUCCUAGACGUUACAAGGCAUUGAAAUCUAAAACUGCUGAAAAUUUACACCAAAAACGGUCCAUCAAGUUUGAUGAUGGGUGUAUCGAUGCCUGCCUUUAUACUGAUACCAUUACUGUUGCUGAUCGAACCAUCUCCAAUCAAUUAUUUGCUUCUGCAUAUCAUGUCACCGGUAGUUUAGGUGAUAACCAAUAUCUGGGUAUGCUUGGUUUGGGCGGAUUUCAAGACAACGGUACCAAGUGGUUGGAAUCAAGUGACAAAGUCGAUCUCAGUCAUCGAGGUCUUCGUCGACGCCAAGCGCCACCACCAAACUCUAAUACAUUUGCGCAAAACUUUUUUGGCACAGCACAAACAAAUACUCCAGCUGUGAUGGGACUUUCGACACCUGUUAGUGGGGGUACUCUCAAUAAACGAUGGUUCGAUGCUCAAUUUAUUCUUGGUGGUGUGGAUCAUGACAUUUAUCAAGGAUCUGUGGCGUAUUUUUCUCUACCUGAUUGUGAUUACGGUGAUACCAAGUAUUGGAAAGCCUAUAUCAAUGCAGUCCGUCUGGGUGACCAAGUGGACCUUAAACUCGCACAUAAAUCCAUGGUUCAACUCAGUUCCGGCACCAUGAUCAUCUCUGCUCCCAAAUGUCAAAGUGAAGUUUUACAUGCCGCCAUUGGUGCUACCUCAUCAUCAACCAACUCAACAACAGGUACUGUCACUGUGUAUCGACUUGAAUGUGCCAAGGUAGAACAAUUACCUCCUUUGGACUUUUAUUUCCAUGGUUAUAAAGUUUCCAUCCCUUAUUAUGCAUGGUUCCGUACCGACUCUGCUGAACCUCAUAUGUGUAUCUCGAUGAUCCGUGAUGAUCCUGUGGAAACAAAGUUAUGGACAUUAGGUGGUGCUUUCUUGAAUCAAUUCUAUCAUAUCUAUGACUUUGGAAAAUCGCGAGUGGGUUUAGCCAUGCAUCGUGGAUACAACAAUGCUACCAUUGUCUCUUUGGAUUAGGUUUUUUCCACUUUAUUGUCACCAUGCCACUUUUAUUCCAUUAUAUAUAUUGUAUUCUUUAUUUUUUGUAUCUUCUUUUUAUUCUCCACUCAUUCUUUAUAUACAUAUACAUCACUCCUUUUUUUUUUUUUUUUUUUAC